AUGAGUAUUUUCAUCUCCUCUAUGAUGGCAGUGAUCGGCACUCGCGGAAAAAACGAGAUAAUAAACGCGGUUCCGGUGCCGGAGUCGGAGCUGAAGAAGAGAAACGAAGAGCUCGAGAAGGAGUUGAAGGAAAGCAAAGAGAGAGAAGAGCAAAUGAGACGGCAGUUAAAGAUCACAUGGGAGAGGCUGCGCGUGGCGGAGGAUGCCGAAGAGAGGCUCUGCUCACAGCUUGGAGAGCUUGAAGCAGAAUCCGUCUAUCAUGCGCGUGAUUACCACGGUCGCAUAGUUUCUCUGAUGGAUCAGCUCUCAAACGCGCAGAGCCUCCUCCACAAGGCACUUCCUUCAUCUUCUACCUCCUCGUGA